AACAAAGAGACUCCUUCUACUUGACAGAUAAAUUAUAUUUUAGAGGAUUUUUUUGGCUCUUUGGAUCUUUCUCUCCAACUUUGAGAGUACAGUAUACAACUACAACUCUACCAGGUGUUGUUGUUUCAUUGUAACCAUGUCGACGGCGGUAGAGGCAGUUGGCUUCUUCAUGAGUGUGGCCAGUUGGCUGAUCAUUGGGACUGCUUUGGGCAACGACUACUGGAAGGUGACCUCUUUCUCCGGGAGUGUGAUCGUCUCCAGUCGGCAGUAUGAGAACCUGUGGCAUGCCUGUGCCGAGGACAGCUCUGGGGUGGCAAACUGUCGCGACUUUGAGUCCAUGUUGGCACUGCCAGAUUACGUCCAGGCGUGCCGUGCCCUGAUGAUCAUCUCCCUACUGCUGUCCCUGUGCUCCAUCGUCGUGUCCAUCAUGGGACUGAAGUGCAUCAAGCUGGGCAGCACCACUGAACAGGGCAAGGCCAAGAUCGCUGGCACCGGGGGUAUCCUCUUCAUUUUGGCAGGGGUGUGCGACAUGGUGGCCAUCAGCUGGUAUGCCUCUCGUGUUGUCGAGGAAUGGAACAACCCGUUCUAUGGAGGUGUCAAGUUUGAGCCAGGCGCAGGGUUGUAUAUCGGCUGGGCUGGAGGCAUCCUGUCCAUAAUAGGAGGAGCCAUUAUGUGCUGUGCCUGCAAGAGAGCUGGGUCUGGAACAUCUGGAGGCUACCCUGGAUCGGCAGGAAAGAUCUACAAGCAAACCCCUGUGUCCGAAUCUGGAACCAGAACAAACUAUGUCUGAGGCGUUACAAUGACAUUCACACAACAUCCUCUGCUGUUUAUUUGUCUACAUGUCAACCACUUCCGCUCUCUCUAGCAUUAGUUCUUCUUUGAGAGAUACCUCCUAAGUUUGCAAAAAGGAAGGCCACUAAUCCAUGGGCAUCUUGGAUAUGAUCUGUAUUGCUUUAAAAUAGCAUUUUCUUAAUAGUGCAUGUUAAUGGAAGUUUUUUUUUAUUGUAGUAAAUCUGUAUUUUUUAAACAUUGUAUUGUAUAUCUGACCAUAAUUCCAGCUAAUUUUCAACU